AUGCCUGCAACCAAGCUGGCUUGGCUUGAUGAUGACACGGGGGACGGCGAGGAGAGGGAUGAUGAGGUGGAGGAGGAGGGAGACGAUGGGGAGGAGGAGGGAGAGGAGGAGGAGGAGGUGGAGGAAGAAGGGGAGGGGGGAGAGAAAGAGGGGCUGCUGGUGCCGGUGCGACCCCCGAGGGAGAUGGUGGAGAGGAAAGAGUGGACGGGCAAGGACUCAGAGCGAUGGCUCAAUGCUGCGCGCAGAGACUUCACCGUCAAUGGGUGCGUGUGCUCUGGGGUCAUGUAUUCAUCUCUUGAUCCUACACUGCCCUGUGCACACUCCCUCUUCCGACCACAUUACCUCCCAUCCCCUCCCCUGCUCACACCCCCUCCGCUGCUCACACUCCCUCCCCUGCUCACACUCCCCCUUUCCUCUGCCCAUGCGCGGGCGGGGCACAUCAGGCUGAUGCUAGAGCCCUUCAGUGGCACGCUCUACGAUUAUGUGGGCGCUCUGCAUGACAUCAAGACCCGCGUGCUCAGAACGAUACAACCAGCUCUGCCCUCCUUCCUAGAUGACCCAGUGCGUGUGCUGAGAGCUAUGCGCAUGGCAGCCAAGGCACGCCUGUCGCUGCAUGAGGACAUUGUUGCUGCACUGGAGUCGCCCCGCCUCCUCUCCUCCCUCGCGCAUGUCAACAAGGAGCGCGUGCAGCAGGAGGUAACGUUGCUGCUGUCAUAUGGAUCCUCUGAGACAGCCGUCCGCUUGCUCUGGUCGCACCGCCUCAUGCCGCUGCUGCUGCCCCUGCACUCGGCUCGUCUGCUAGAUCGCGGCUUCCCAACCUCUCCCUCUGCUGCUGCCACUGCUGACGACCUGCUCUUCGCUAUGUUGCGGCAGCUGGAUCGCCUUACCGCUCCCAACGCUCCCUGCCGUCCUCUCGUCUG